CGCUCUCUUUCGGUCAGAACGUGGGACGUUUCAGAAGGGAGCUCUACAUGUGAUUCAGUGAGUUGCUUCAUCAGCAGCAGGCAAGGCAGCUGCAGUUCCCCUCGUAAACACACUCAUAUAGCCAGUGUGCAAGAAGGAGCAAGGACAUACCUUUUUGCCAGGAAACAGGAGAUGCUAGGCGUGUGCACUUAAUAUCAUCGUCUGCCAUUGAAAAAAAAAACUUCAUUUUUGAGAGUCUUAUUGUCGUUUUUGAUAGAUUCCAAUCGCCGGACAGAUCUGCCAAUAAAGGACUAUUUMUCCUGCUGGACCUGAAUGUAAGAUCGCGAGGAUAAAGAAGUCAGGAAUCAAAAGCCAUCAUCAUGGAUUUUGUUAUGAAGCAAGCGUUGGGAGGAGCUACCAAAGACAUGGGGAAAAUGCUGGGUGGGGAAGAGGCUGAGAAGGAUCCUGAUGCGGAGAAAAAGGAGGAGGAAAGACAAGAGGCACUUCGGCAACAGGAGGAGGAGAGGAAGGCAAAAUAUGCAAAAAUGGAAUCGGAGAGAGAAAACGUCCGACAGGGCAUCAGGGAUAAGUACGGCAUCAAGAAGAAGGAGGAGAAGGAAGCCGAGGCCCAGGCUGCUUUGGAUCAGGCAGCAGAAGGGAGUCUCACCCGCCCAAAGAAGGCUGUCCCACCCGGCUGCGGAGACGAGGAGGAGGAGGAGGAAAGUAUCAUGGACACGGUCAUGAAAUUCCUUCCCGGUCCACUUAUGGAUAUGUUCAAUAAAAAGUAACAGUGUUGGCGAUAUUAGAUUGUUAACCUUCCAACACACAUAACCAAGACCACCAUCCUAACCAACCCUUCUCCUUCACCCAUACAUCCCUGUUCUAAGAGCCCUGGAUGAAUCAACGUGCCAUAAUAUUUGUCCUUAACUUAAAUGAUCUGUGUUACAUUGUCUUAUUUGGAAGGAAGACCCACUGAUUGGUGAUACUAUGAACCUAUGUAGCAUCUGCAUAGAUCCAAAACAUUAACUUAAAGACAAAUUUGAUGUCAGGUUUUCAAGGUGUCCAGGCCUUAGAAUGUGAUCUGAGAUCAACCAUAAUCCAACCUUUUUGUUUGUAAAUAGCCUCUGGUUUAAAAUAAAUAUAUGUGAUUACCAGAAAAUAUAUUAAGAGUCUAAGCCAUAAUUUAAACUUUUGAGAAAUUCUCCAAAUCAUAUCAAAUUUGAUAGAAUUUUGCUGUUUAUUGCUUCUCCAUUGARACUUCAUCCAUAUACUGUUCUCUGUCCCAAGACAUUCAUAGGUUUUAAUGUAAAAAUAAUAAUAAUAAUGGUAAUAGUAACAUUGUGGUGAACUAGAAAGAAAAUGGGUAACUAAUUCAACAAGAAAUGCUUUUCAAGCAUGCAGUUGAUAUAUUUUGUGGAGUACAGUACAUGUACAAAUUCCAUUUAGUUAUGAUUAAGUGAAAUACAUUAAUAUUGAGGCAAUAACUCUGGUUUUCAAUUUUGUUUCAAUGACACCACGACUAMUAUGUACAGUAGGCUAUACAUACACAUCCUAACUGUUCUUCCUUGAGAUGUCCACGAUAAAAAUGAAAAUGCUCAACAAUGAACCAAACAACAUUGGCAACAUUCCUGAUGUACCUGUGCUUAGUACAAACCAAUAGAGUUGUAUGUCUUGUUGCUUCAUCUGCUUCGCUCCUAUAUAGUAGGACUUGUGGGAAUCAAAUCCGGCAAUUGAACGUAGAUGCUUACUCUUCUUAUUUCCAUGUCUGUAAAUAUAGAUUUACGAGAUGUACUCAUCAUUUUCUCAAGCACAACUAUGUUGUGAACACACUUUAUGUGAACAGACAGUGACAAUGGUGCAAUAUACAGUAUUGUUCAAGGUUUUCCUGUUAACUAAAUGGAGUGCAGUCCUGAAUCGGCAAAAACAGACACUCUUCAUUGUUAUGUGUUGAGCUUAAUACGUUUUGUGUAUCAGUGUACAGACACAUAAAGCGUUGUCUGACUAGUAACGGCAAAGCAUACGAACUCAGUCUGAAGUGUGAUGUGGGGAAAGAGGUUGGAGGAUUGGCUUAAUGUAGGGGGUUUGAUCGGACAGCAUUUGAACUGGUGAGGGUCCUUGUCUCUCAGUGGGAUUUGGUUUGUGGUUCUAACAUACUAGUAAAUUGUGUUCUAAACUUUGCCGAGAAUGCAGGACAAGACAGGUAUUAGUAAUAACUUAAGAGGCA